AUGGCAAAUUUUGUUACGAUAGAAAUCAUGGGCACAACCCUUCAGGUCACUGAAAGGUAUUCGGAUUUAGAACCACAAGGCUUGGGUGCCUCUGGAGUCAUCUGCUCGGCACAUGAUUCAAUAGGAAAGCAAACGGUCGCAAUCAAGAAGAUUGGGAAGCCAUUUGAGAAUCCUGCUGUGACCAAGCGCACGUACCGUGAGGUACACCUUUUAAGUAAUAUGCGACACGACAAUUUGAUCAACAUGCGAGAUAUCUUUAUCUCUCCGUCAGAAGAUCUUUAUAUUGUGACGGAUCUCAUCCGGACAGAUCUUCAUCGUCUCCUCCAAUCAAAACCAGAGGCUUUGGAAGCCCAAUACAUCCAGUUCUUUACCUAUCAAAUGCUGCGAGGAUUGAAAUACAUUCAUUCCGCUGGGAUCAUUCAUCGUGAUCUCAAGCCCAGCAAUCUUCUGAUCAACGACAACUGUGACUUGAAGAUCUGCGACUUUGGAUUGGCUCGAGAACAAGACGCCCGACACAUGACUGGUUAUGUCGUGACGCGAUACUACCGGGCCCCGGAGAUCAUGUUGACUUGGCAGAAAUACACCUAUGCGGUCGACAUUUGGAGUGUCGGGUGCAUUUUGGCAGAGAUGCUCCUUGGAAGAGUUCUCUUUGCGGGCAAGGACCACGUGCAUCAGUUCACAUUGAUUACCGAUAUUCUGGGGAAGCCACCCAAGGAGAUCAUGGAGAGAGUGUACAGUCAGAAUACAUUGGAAUUUGUGGGAUCUCUACCAGAGCGGAAGCCUCUUCCCUUCACAUCUCUGUUCAAAGGUGCCGAUCCUCAAGCUGUCGAUCUGUUGGAAAAGAUGCUCAAUAUGGACCCGGAGAAGAGGAUCACCACGGCAGAUGCACUUCAGCACCCCUAUGUCUCAGCCUACCAUGACCCCGAAGAUGAACCCGUCUUUGAAGGCCAGAUUGAUUGGUCUCUGUUGGAUUCGGAGCUGUCCACAGAUGAGUGGAAGAGUAAUAUGUACAUGGAGAUUUUGAAUUAUCACCGUGGGGGUACUCGCGAUGGACAAGACAAGAACAAUUCGACCACAAAGGCAGACCUUGACGACUGGCCUGCCGACCAAAUGAUGGUGGACACCUACUAG